AUGGUCAACUCCUGUUGUGGCUCCAGCUGCUCUGACCAGGGCUGUGGCCAAGGCCUCUGCGAGGAGAGCUGCUGCCGCCCCAGCUGCUGCCAGACCACCUGCCGCCCCAGCUGUGGUGUGUCCAGCUGCUACCGCCCGGCCUGCUGUCAGACGACCUGCUGCCAGACCACCUGCCGCCCCAGCUGUGGUGUGUCCAGCUGCUGCCGCCCGGCCUGCUGUCAGACGACCUGCUGCCAGACCACCUGCCGCCCCAGCUGUGGUGUGUCCAGCUGCUACCGCCCGGCCUGCUGUCAGACGACCUGCUGCCAGACCACGUGCUGCCCCAGCUGUGGUGUGUCCAGCUGCUGCCGCCCAAUCUGCUGCCAGACCACCUGCCACCCCAGCUGUGGUGUGUCCAGCUGCUGCCGCCCGGCUUGCUGUCAGAGGACCUGCUGCCAGACCACCUGCCGCCCCAGCUGUGGUGUGUCCAGCUGCUGCCGCCCGGCCUGCUGUCAAACGACCUGCUGCCGUACCACUUGCUGCCGCCCCAGCUGCUGUGGAUCCCCUUGUUGA